ACAGCUGAAAUGAUCAACAAAAACAUUUCGUUCGUGUGUGCCGUUGUGGUUUCGGUGGUUUUAGUGGAGAUUUUUAAUAGUACCAAGCCUAAGCACCCGUACGCAGGGUUGAACAUCGAACAACUCGUCACGAAAUACGAGUACCCCAUCGAAAAACACGAAGUCGAAACAGACGAUGGUUACAUUUUAAGCAUCCACAGAAUCCCCCACGGACCGGAAAAAACACCCACGAAACGAACUCCCGUUUUGUUUAUGCACGGUUUCACACAAAGCGCCACGGACUUUAUAAACCUAGGUCCGAACAAAGCGUUGAGUUUUCUUUUGGUCGAUAAAGGGUACGACGUUUGGUUGGGGAACGCCAGAGGUACGACCUGGUCCAGAAAACACAAAUUUUUAAACCCAAACAAAGACAAACAAUUUUGGGACUAUAGUUUGGACGAAAUUGGAUACUACGACGUACCAGCUUUCAUUGAUUAUAUUUCGGAAGUGACGGGAGCGGAUUCGCUUCAUUAUGUUGGGUACUCACAAGGAACGACCGUGUUUUUCAUACUCGGUUCGGACAAACCUGAAUAUAUGAAAAAAAUUAAGUUAAUGACGGCCCUCGCGCCUGCUAUGUUUUUAAAGGACCCCGCGGGCCCAGUUGGAGUUUUAAUACGUUUUAGGAUGAUAAUGGACUGGUUUUUGGAUAUUUUCAAUUUUUUGGAUGUUCUCAGUGAAAACAGCUUCAUUUCUAGUUACUUGAGGCAUAUUUGCAACGAACACUCUUUGUUUGUCGAAUUGUGUCUACAUCACACUUUUCUUUUACACGGUUAUAGCUACGAGCAGAUUAAUAAGACAGAGCUGUCCGUGUUGUAUUCAAAUACUCCAGCAGGGGCUUCCCCAAGACAGGUAAAACACAUAGCGCAAUUAAUAGAUUCAGGGGUUUUUAGUCGGUACGACUUUGGAAAAGAGGAAAAUUUGAGAAAAUAUGGUCAAAAGCGACCGCCGGCGUAUGAUGUAUUGAAAGUGAAUGCACCUAUUGCCUUGUAUUAUUCCAGCAAUGAUUGGGUAAUCAAUGUAAAAAAUGUCGAGAAAAUUAGUCGAACACUUCCAAAUGUCGUUAAAAGCUACAAGGUUCCACUGGAAGCGUUCAAUCACAAUGACUUUAUUUAUGCUAAGAAUGUGGUUGAUCUUUUGUACGCAGAAGUGGUGAACGAAAUUUUGAAAUGUAAUAUUUCGGAAAUAAUGAUUCGUAGCAUCCUUUAUAUUUCUGUAUUAACUGCAAUUUCCAUCAUUGUUAUUGAAGUUUGGAAUAAAUCCAAACUCAAACAUCCUUACGUAGGUCUCAAUGUAGAACAAAUUAUCCAAAGGUACGAAUACCCAGCCGAAGUCCAUCACGUCACAACUGAAGAUGGAUAUAUUUUAACCCUCCACAGAGUACCCCACGGAAAAGAAAAUCAUUCUAGAAACGGAACACCCAUUCUACUUUUACCCGGAUUCUUUCAAAGUGCUUGGGACUACGUGCAUUAUGGACCCGACAAAUGCUUAAGUUUUCUUUUGGCCGAAAAAGGUUACGACGUAUGGUUAGGAAAUUUCAGAGGUACCACUUGGUCCAGAAAACACGCAGUCUUAAAUCCUGACAAAGAUUCGUCUUUUUGGAAUUUUACGACACAUGAGUUGGGAAUGUACGACAUACCUGCAUUUAUUGAUCAUAUUUUCAAAUUUAGCAACCACAGUUCGCUCCAUUAUGUCGGCUUUUCGCAAGGAGUGACGGCCUUUGCUAUUAUGGGUUCAGAAAAAAGUGAAUACCUCACUAGAGUAAAACUAUUUACAGCUCUAACUCCUGCUAUUUUCAUGGGAAACCCAAAAAGUCCGUUGUUGAAGUUCGCAGUGAAAAACAUAAGUCGUAUAAAGGCCUUUUUUAGUUUUUUUAAUUACCAUGAGUUUCCUAAACGAGGUGACUUAUUUAGAACUUAUAUGGAACACAUUUGCAACGAAAAUUCGGUUUUUGCGAAUUUAUGUGUGCAACAUUUUUCUAUUCUUUGUGGUUACAAUUACGAUGAGAUGCCUAUGGAUAUACUGUCUCUAACAAGCUCACAUUUUCUACCUGGAACAUCAGUGGCCAACCUAGAGCACAUGCUUCAAAUGAUACGUUCUGGCAACUUCAGUAAAUAUGACUACGGCAUUCACGACAAUAAAGAGAAAUAUGGCCAAGAAAAUCCACCACAUUAUAAUCCGUCUAAACUUACAGUACCCACAGCCCUGUAUUAUGCGAGUAAUGACUGGGCGAUAGACGUUACGAAUGUAGAGAGGCUUACUAAAGUUCUGCCCAAUAUAGUGAAAAUUUACAAAGUACCUUCGGAAAAAUUCAAUCAUUACAAUUUCCUAGCUGGAAAAAAUGUCGUUCGAUUGUUAUACAACGCUGUAAUAGAUGAAAUUUUAAAAUACUAAAAUUAAAUAUAGUGCUAAAAACAACAAAAUUUGUGAUGACCACGUAAAAUUUCAGGUUGUCGGGGUCGUCAUGUUGGAUGCCUAAUCUAAUCUUUAAAUAACUCUCCGUAUUUAUAUGCGCAUGGCUGUCUAAUUUAUUGUUCAACCUUGUUCACCGUUACUUGUGGACAUUUUCGUUAAUGUGUAUUAAAAACUACCGAAAGUUACUUCUUUCAUCCCAGAAAAGAGUAAAAAAACACUUUUUAGGUAAAUUAAAAAAAAAAAUGAUUUUGUGGAGAAGCAUUCGUUUCAAGUGGAUUCUUCAUAAUAAAAUUUUGUGAUAAGGGCAUCAUCUUUUUAGCAAGGACACAUGUAUCAAGUUGGAUAACUACGAGUACAGUAUAAUAAUAAUGAUAACAGUAUUGUAUUCGCAAAAUUUCGGAAAAAUGAAUCAAAUACUCCGGCAGGGGCUUCCCCCAAGCACAAUUAAUAGAUUCAGGGGUUUUUAGUCGGUACGACUUGGAAAAAGAGGAAAAUUUGAGAAAAUAUGGUCAAAAGCGACCCCCGGCGAAUGAUGUAUCAAAAGUGAACGCACCUAUUGCCUUGUAUUAUUCAAGCAAUGAUUGGGUAAUCAAUGUAAAAGUAAUUAUGUACUUUAAAAUUCAUGGAACUAUACUACAAGGUACUUUUAUUUCACAAUGUCGAGAAAAUUAGUCGAACACUUCCAAAUGUCGUUAAAAGCUACAAAGUUCCACUGGAAGCGUUCAAUCACAAUGAGUUUAUUUAUCCUAAGAAUGUGGUCGAUCUUUUGUACGCAGAAGUGGUGAACGAAAUUUUGAAAUAUUAAUGUGUAUAUACAGUGCAUCUUUUUUAAAAGUGGCCAUAGGGAUUCCCAUGUUAAAUUUUACACCCCUUGUUAACUUUUGUUAGGAUGAAAACCCAGAGAUGAUUUUUGCGGAGAAAAUAGCCUUAGGGUUCUACUUUAAUUUUCAGUACCACUUUUUGCAGUAAUUUGUUAAUCUGUGCUUUAAAAAAUAAAAAUUAAUGUGAUUAAAAAAGUAUGGUACAUCAUAGACGGUUUUGACU